GAGGACGAGGGCGAGUACACGGCAAGGUCCUGGCCGGCCAAAAGAGGCUAGCGGAAGCAGCAGCCGCCGCCCGACCGCAGCUGGAUUUUGAAGAUUGAUCCAAGGGACUGUAUUAAUUUCAGGAAUUGGUUUGAAAGACACUGGCUCUGCCAUUUAACAGCCAUGUAACCUUGGGUGGAGCAUGGGGAAAUGCAAUUAGCAUCUAGCGGUAUUAGGAGAAAGAAAAUGUGCCAGAACCAGAAGAGUCUUAUCGAACAGCCUGUCUGGAAAGAAGUGGCCCUCUUUUGAGGAACACAGCCGGUCCAACAUGACCUAGAGAUAUGGAAGAGAACAGCGGUGUUGCCAUGUUGGUGCCAGAUACCAGAGAACAGGAAGCUGUAUUGGCUGCCAAAGGUGUCAUCAGUCCUUCGUUGGAAGUUGAUGAACAAAGAAAACUUAAAGCAGAUCCAUUAAUCCAUGUUAUCCAGAAGUUAAGCAAGAUAGUAGAGCACGAAAAGUCACAAAAAUGUCUUCUAAUUGGGAAAAAACGCUUGCGCUCAAGUGCUACAGCACACUGUUUUGAAACCCAAGAACUUUGUGAGAUUCCAGCUAAAGUAACCCAGUCACCUGCUGUUGGUAUUAGAAAGUCUGAGGUGUCACAAGCAAAUUUUAACCCUGACUCUCUUGCCCAGAAUGAUGGGAAGGCUAUGUCUUACCAGUGCGGCCUUUGUAAGUUUCUAUCAUCAUCUUUUUCUGUGUUAAAAGACCACAUUAAGCAGCACGGUCAGCAGAAUGAAGUGGUAUUUAUAUGCUCAGAGUGCCAUGUUACGUCCAAAAGCCAAGAGGCACUUGAAGCUCAUGUGGCACAUGACCACAAAAAUGAUGCCAACAGUCACUCCCAAUCCAAAGCCCAACAGCACAUAAGCUCCUCCAACUCAUUAUGUCAGAGAACCACAGAAAGAAAUACUGAAACCAUUCCUGACACCCCAGUAAAUGUGGACAGUCCACAGACUCAUAACAUCCAAACUACAUCCAUGGCAGAAAUGGGUAGAAGAAAGUGGUAUGCCUAUGAACAAUAUGGUAUGUAUCGAUGCUUAUUUUGCAGUUACACUUGUGGCCAGCAGAGAAUGUUAAAGACACAUGCUUGGAAACAUGCAGGACAAGUUGACUGCACCUAUCCAAUUUUUGAAAAUGAAAAUGAGCCCCUUGGCUUGCUGGAUCCUUCAGUGUCUGCUGCACCUGGCGAGGUCGAUGCAGUAGUUAUUGCUAUUGGAGACAGUGAACUGAGUAUUCACAAUGGGCCAUCAGUACAAGUACAGAUUUGCAGCUCAGAACCAUUAUCGUCUUCCUCUCCUUUAGAACAGACGGCAGAAGGUAGAGUACACCUCAGUCAAUCAGUUACCUUUGAACCUAAUGAGGAAGAAAUACUAGAAGUUAUGUCCGAUUCAGAGGAGAAUCUGAUUGCUGACAGCCUACUUUCAUCAGCACAGAAAAUCAUCAGCAGCAGCCCAAAUAAAAAAGGUCAUGUUAAUGUGAUAGUGGAGCGUUUACCAAGCGCUGAAGAAACUCUUUCACAGAAACAGUUCCUCAUGAAUGCUGAAAUUGAAGAGGGCAAAAACCAGAACCCAACAGAAGUCCAGACUGAAUGUGAAAGAACAGAUGAUAUUUAUCAUGCUGAUAAAUGUACUGUUGAUAUCGGGGGCUUGAUUAUAGGCUGGAGCAAUCCAGAGAAGGAAGACAGUGCGUUAAUAAGUAAAGGCCUGGGUACUGACGAGAAUGCUCCUCCAGGCAGAAGAAGGACAAAUUCUGAAUCUCUUAGGCUACACUCGUUAGCUGCAGAAGCCCUUGUCACAAUGCCUAUUAGAGCUGCAGAAUUAACAAGAGCCAAUCUUGGGCACUAUGGGGAUAUAAACCUUUUAGAUCCAGAUACUGGACAAAAGCAAGUAGAUAGUACAUUGGCAGCAUAUUCAAAAAUUAUGUCGCCACUUAAAAACUCUUCAGAUGGAUUGACUAGUUUUAACCAAAGCAACUCUACCUUGGUAGCUCUCCCAGAGGGUAGACAGGAAUUUUCAGAUGGGCAAGUUAAGACAGGUAUCAGCAUGUCCUUGCUCACUGUUAUUGAAAAAUUGAGAGAAAGGACUGACCAGAAUGCUUCAGAUGAUGACAUUUUGAAAGAGUUGCAGGACAAUGCCCAGUGCCAACCCAACAGUGAUACAAGUUUGUUAGGGACCAAUGUGGUAGAAUACAUCCCUAAUGCUGAACGGCCCUACCGUUGCCGCCUGUGUCACUAUACAAGUGGUAACAAGGGUUACAUCAAGCAGCACUUGCGAGUCCAUCGACAGAGACACCCAUAUCAGUGUCCUAUCUGUGAGCACAUAGCUGACAACAGCAAAGAUUUGGAGGGCCACAUGAUCAACCACUGCAAAACAAAAAUAUACCAGUGUAAGCAGUGUGAAGAAUCUUUUCCUUACAAGAGUAAUCUGAGGAACCAUGAGAGAGAGCACCACAGCCUUCCAGACACCUUGUCAAUAGCAACUUCCAAUGAGCCAAGAAUUCUCAGUGAUACAUCUGAUGGGAAGUGUGUUCAGGAAGGAAAUAAGUCUUCAACCCAGAAACAGUAUAGAUGUGACGUGUGCAAUUAUACAAGUACAACAUAUGUUGGUGUCAGAAACCACAGACGAAUCCAUAACUCUGAUAAACCGUACAGAUGUUCCUUGUGUGGAUAUGUGUGCAGCCACCCUCCUUCUUUGAAGUCUCAUAUGUGGAAACACGCAAGUGACCAAAAUUAUAACUACGAACAAGUAAACAAGGCUAUUAAUGAUGCCAUCUCACAAAGUGGCAGAGUUCUGGGGAAAUCACCUGGAAAAACUCUAUUAACCAGCAGCGAAGAAAGAGUUGAUCCUGUUACUGGAAGUUCAGAAAAUUUGGUGUCAUCCUCAGAGCUGAUUUCCCAGGCACCCAGUGAUGUCUUAGAUUCCCACGAGAAUGAGAAACUGAGCCCUACAAGUAAUACCUCAUGCAUUAUAGAAAAAAACUCCAAUCUGGUCCCUCCUGGGAUGGAGUAUUGCGUUUUACUCUUCUGUUGUUGCAUUUGUGGUUUUGAGUCAACCAGCAAAGAAAACCUGUUGGAUCAUAUGAAAGAGCAUGAGGGUGAAAUUGUAAACAUCAUCCUAAAUAAGGACCAUAACAUAACUCUAAACACCAAUUAGCCGGACUGAUUACUUGAAGAGGAUUUCCUUAAACCACAGUUUCACCAUUGUGCUGUUAAAUAACUAACUUACUAGACACAAGAAAUAGGUGUGACUUCUGAGGAGAUGAUAGUUAUGACUUUGAAACCAAACUUGUCAUGUAAUAAAAUAAAUUCCAAAUGGAUAAGCAGAAAUGGAAUUUAAAUAUUUUCAGUAAAAGGAAGUGGAUUGAAGAAGAGGUAAAUAUGUACCUUCUGUAUUAACCCUCCGUUACUGCUUGUAAGUGUUGAGUGUAUUUAUUAUUAAAAACUUACUAUCCUUUAGAAAUGCAAGCAGCAAGAGUUAAGAAAGGGCUUUUCAGGAACUGUUCUAAAACUUGGUAUAAAAGUGUUACAGUCUUAAGCUAAGCUUAGUUCCCCCCAUCCUCACUUUUGCAAUGUCAACCCUAGAACAGACAGGUCUUGUGGAAAGGGGGGCAGCUCCUGGAAGGGCCUUUUGGGUGUCACAAGCAGAAUCGACAAGGGAAUGGGUAGAGGGCUUUGAAAUGAUUUUCUUAAGUCUUUCACUAAUUGACAGAAAUUUGUUAAUACUAAAUGUCAAUAUGUGUUCCUUUGCUCCCUAAAAAGGACCUCUAAAUCGAAUCCUGAAUAUAGACAUUCAAGAAGUAAAUAAUAGUCUUACAUUUAUAAUGAACUUGUGAGCAGAGGAAGAAAUAGGUGUUUUCCUACCAGACUAAAACCAGAUCUGAGGCUCACAGAAAUUUUGAGCACAGUGUACUUCUCAAAGGCUCUUAUCAGUGUUUGAAAGAGCACAAAACAUUUCUUCAUAGUUAACAUGGACCUUCUAAUCCUUUCUGCUGUGAGACACACCCCAUACCCCCACCAUCCCAUCCCCUUUGUAUCAUCACAGAGUCUCUUAAAGCAACAAACUACAGAAAUUUGUAUUUGAUCACCAUGCUUUUGAAAUAGUUUCAAGCCUGAGAGAAAAAAAAUCAAAUAAAUGUAUGACAAGGAAUAAAAUUCAGAAGACUCUUGAAGUUAGUACUGCUUUUGAGAUUUUCCUUCCUGGAGUUUACUAAUUAUAUUUAGCAAAAAAGGAACAACCAGAAGUAACUAAAAUGUAAUAAAAGUCCAAGUUGUUUAUAGAAAUCUUAAUAAGCAAAUAGUAUUUGGCAAGAUUAGGAUUUCUGUCAAAAAAAAUUCCACUGAUAGAAGGUGGUAGGACAUGGAAACCUACUAAAAGUGCUUUUGCAUUCAGACUUCCCUUCAAAUACCUGUAAUCACAUUAAUUAUACAUUUUAUAUUAUAACUAUUUCAAAAGGUAUUUUUGUUGUUGCUCUGAUUGCUUAUUUAUGCUUUGCUUUGUGAAAGUAAGUUUUGCCCACAAGUCAGAAGGCCGGUGUACCAUUCACUGCACCUUUUUCAUGGUGCUAUUUCUGAAUAUCUAAAUAUUUUGAAUAUUGACUUCCAACAUCUACAGUUGAGGCUGUGCCUCUGAUAAUUUUCGCAUGUCAAAAACAAAGUUUCAU